UCCGGAUGCAUUUUUGAAUUGCACCAAAUUAGUGUGUUAAAUCACCAGCCGGUUAUAAACUGUGCUGUCAAAGACUUGGUGAUGUUAUGUUGUGUAUCUCCUCUCAUCGUGUGUCUGUUCAGAUAGAGGUGGUGUUCGUCGCACUGGAUCAGUGUGGCUCGUCUAAUGACAGAAAGAUCGCACUGAUCGAUAAGAACCGUGACCUCUACCUGACCUCUGUGAGAAAGCUGGGCCGAGCGCACAGCAUCCACAAGAUCGGGUCGAUGGUUGACACUAUGGCCUGGAACGACUCGGCUAACAUCCUGUGUGGCGUCCAGGACAGCCGGUUCACAGUGUGGUACUACCCUAGUGUGGUGUUUGUGGACAAAGACCUGCUGCCCAAAACCAUCUUCACCAGAGACAGCAGGUACACGCUCACACCAGAUAAGCAGAGCCGAUCGGCCGGAUAA